AUGAUCGAAUUUCUUUUUUUUCAUUUUAAUCAUCAAAGAAAUUUUACCCAGCAAAAAAUCAUAUUUCUUUUCUUCUUCUUCUUCUUCUUCUUCUUCUUCUUCUUCUUCUUCUUCUUCUUCAAUGACCUGUGUCCCAUUCGGAUGUUGAUUCUUUAUAAUCAUCUUCUCGUCCUUCACUCUUUGACGCUGUCUAUUCUUCUUUUUUUUAUUUUGUUUCUAUCCCGCUUUCUAUCAGCUUUUACUCUUCCUGCCCAUCUCUCUCGAUCCAUCAUGGCGACCACUUUCUCUAUCAUCAACUGCAUUCGUUUCUUAGGCAUUGUCUUCACCUCAAUACGGCGAUCUCUUUCUACGUUUGCCUCUUACUAUCACAUCCCCACCUCUCUCUCUCUCUCUCUCUCUCUUUCUCUCUCUCUCUCUCGCCCUCUCUCUCUCUCUCUCUGUUUCUUUCUCGUAGAUAUGCGCUUUUCGUUCGUUCUUUCUUUUUUCUUUCUUUCUUUCUUUUUUUUUUUUUCUUUUCUUUCUUUCUUUCUUUCUUUUUCCUUUCUUUCUUUCUUAACCACUUUUAUCUAUUUCUUUCUUUUUCUAAAUGUAUUUUCAAAACUUACAAUUUUUAUUUCAUUUAUUUUCUUAAGGUUUUCUUUCUUUCUUUCUUUCUUUCUUUCUUUCUUUCUUUCUUUCUUUCUUUCUUUCUUUCUUUACUUCUUAAACACUUUUAUAUGUUUCUUUCUAUUCCUAGAUGUAUUUCCAAAUCUUACAAUUGUUAUUUUAUUUACUUUUCUUAAAGUUUUUAUUUCUUUUUCUGUUUUUUUCCUUCCUUCCUUCCUUCCUUCCUUCCUUCCUUCCUUCCUUCCUUCCUUCCUUCCUUCCUUCCUUCUCAACCAUUUUUAUAUAUUUCUUUCUUUUUCUAAAUUUUAUAUUUAUUUUUCUUUCUUUCUUUCUUUCUUUCUUUCUUUCUUUCUUUCUUUAAUUCUUUUUCCUUUCUGUGACUGUUUCUUUGUUUCUAUCUCUGUUUCUUUCACUUUUUCAUUCUUUCGUUCUUUCUCUAUUUUUCGUUCUUUCAUUAACUAUUUUUCUUUCUUCUUUCUUUCUUUUAUUCUUUCUUUCUUUCUUUGUUGUUUCAUUCGAUCGUUCUUUCUCUUUGGUUGUCCUUUUUUUGAUAUUUCAUUGAAUCAUUCUUUCUCUUUCGUUGUCUUUGAUAUUUCAUUCUUUCAUUCUUUCUUUCUUUCUUUCUUUCUUUCUUUCUUUCUUUCAUUCUUUCUUUCUUUCUUUGUUUCUUUCUUUUUUCCUUUCUUUCUUUCUUUGUUCAUAAUUUUGCCUUCAAUUUUCCUCUCAGUAUUUUUCUGUUUUUCCUUCUUCAUCACAUCUUCUUCUUUGCUUACGUCACUUCUCCUGCCUCUCCGUGACAUUUACUUUUUCAUUUUUUUAAUGCCCCCUCUCUCGUUUUUUGAUGAGAUUUUAUUGCUUUCGCGCUACACCGGUGGCAAUCAUUGUUUCAUUUUCUUACAACAAUACUCCAUUCAUGGUAUCCUCUUCCUUAAACAAAACGCCGACUGUUCAUUAUUUUUCGCUGUGGCCUGUGUUUCUCUUAUCCAUUCGUCAAGUUUCCACUGGAUUCUCUCCAAAGAAAAGAUCGAUAUGUCAAAAGAAUUAUUUUAUCCAGUCGAUAGCCUCACCCCAGCUUCCCUCCUCUAA